AAAUAAUCAUUAGUACGCAAGCAAGGUGCGCGUACGCCUUAAGAUUUUAACCGUGGCCAUUCAGGUGCGAACAGUGGUAGCUAGCGCACGGCUGAUAAAACAAACCCCGUGUUUUAAAACAUUUAAUUUAAUUUAAAACCCUCGGUUAAACAGUGCGGUGAAGUGUCAGUUAGAAUUCGGAUGGACAGUGUUCAAACCCGUUCAACCAUGAAGGCUGUGGUCUAUUUUGUGGCGCUAACGUUAGGCAGCGCGUGGAGUGACAUGGCCGGCGAGUGUGACAUGGCGGGCUUCUACAUGGAGUUGGGCUGCACCCCGCUGCCGCGACCUGACAACUCCACCGCGUGCCCUGACGCCUUCCAGUGCCCUGACCUACAUCCUGACCCCUCCAUGUGCUAUUACAGGGGCGUUCCCUACGGCGACCGGUCGACCAUCCCCCAGGCGCUGAUCAAUAACCCCUGCUCCCAGGCCUGCCGCUGCACAGUGGCCGGGGAGCCUCGCUUCGAGUGCGCGGCGCUGGACUGCGUGGAAGUCUUCAACGGGGACCUGCAGCAGUGCGUCAGGACAUACGAGCUGGAGUCUUGCUGCAGCACCGGCAAUGUUUGUGGCAAAGACGCAAUAGCCAGCCUGAAGACUUGCGAAGUGGAUGGCAAGACGUACAUGGAGGGAGAGUCUUUCGAGCCCAAGAACAGUCACAAGACCUGCAUCUGCACAGGCGAGUGGAACGGCACCACCGACAAUGCUGCCUACUGCCGGGAUAUCAACUGCGGGAUCGAGAUCCACUACCAGGAGAAGCUCUUGGAUAACUGUGCUCCAGUAUUCGUUGGGGACAGGAGAAGGUGCCCCAUUGGUUUCACCUGCCCAUCGGCCACCACCCGCGUGGUCCGUGGUCUCAACGUGCGCGGAGUAAACUCGGAGUGCGUGUUCGGCAACCGGACCCUAAGCGUGGGAGACGAGGUCACCGCCGACGCGUGCACGACCUGCGCCUGCGACGUGCCGCCCUUCGUCUCUUGCAUGAUGAAGAACCCUUGUCCGAACUCCACGUAAACUGUUAAUUUGUAUUUGUAUACCUUUGGAACCUUUGUGAACUCCGUCAGCUUAAAACGCAUGAAAAUUAAUUAAGUACCAGGUUCAACCCAAUAGAGCUAACUGCGCACCUCGCUGGAAUGCAACUCUCCCUCUCACUCACCCCCACACUUCCCCGCGUCCGCCCCGUCCGCACCAGAGCGUUGAUGUGACGUCACGGCUGCCCGGUGCGCAGUUAACUGGACCGCGUUGUAAGGCAAAGCCUAUACUUUGAAUUUGGGAAGUUUCUCUUCUAAAGAAUAUCCUAAGUUACUUGUUGAUUUCGUUUUGAAUUCGUUGCUGAAUGCUAGUCUAUAAGUAAAACUGGAUUGCGCUCUUAUUUAAUUUUCGUUUUGGUUAAAAAGUGUGAUUGUUGCCAAAGUUGAAAGGUCUUGGCUAUUUAUUGGGCGUAUUUGGAAGCGGCAUUGAUGAUUCUUUUUGUAGCCAUGUGACAUUGUAUUUUAUUACUUGGAGUAGCUACAUUAAAUAUCACCAUGUCGAUUAAUCGGAUAAAGCCGAAUCAAAAUCGACGUUGAAUUAAACACAAAAAACGUCGACAAAUAGUUAAAUUGUGAUACUUUUGACAUACAAUUCGUAGCUAAAUUGUAGUUUGGUGAGUUAUUCUGAUCUUAUUUGUGUUUCAAGUGAUUGUCGUUGUAAUUUAUGUGAUUUUAUGUGAAAUCAUUUAGGUAAUAUUUAAUUACGUACUUACUUAUUCAUAGAGCUUAAAAUUUUUACUGUUUUGAACUUAAUAGUGUUUUUAAAUAAAAAUAAAAAAUGCUAUUACAAUACUAUCAAUUUUAUUAUAAUAUUUCUUAAAUCAAUAUUACUGUAUAUUUAUCAUUAUAAUUUAGGUACUUAAUCUUACACAUUACGCAGGUAAAUUACAAUAUAAAUAAGGAAAGCUAUUUACAUUACUUAUGUACAGUGCCAACACAGCCUUAAUGGACCCUUGUAACUUAUGUACUAAUUAAUACUAAAAUGUUGCGACGACUUCUUAC